AUGCUUCCAGAAGACUCGGAAUGGGAGAAAGUGUUAUGGAGAAAGCAAGAGUACCCUGAUAAUUACAUUCCCCAACGCCUUUUUCUUACGUCGCUGAGAAAAAAUGUGAACUUCAGCCCAUACACAUAUUGGCCUCUGGUUUUAUUAUCUUGUGCAAUCACUCAGCAUCUCGCAACCAUCUUUUUGUUUCUCGCGGUCUUCGUCAGGCUAAAAGAACGUUUACUCGACGCUCGGAUAUUGUUGUACAUUUCAAUGGCAAUAUUUCUUGCUGGUUAUAUGUUAUGGGAGCUACUGGACUACCACUAUCCAGAACAUGGUGUCUCCAGGAUUGGACGUUCGAAAACAUUCAAAUAUUCUCUUUUGUUAUUUCUUACUUUGAUGGGGUUAUCACCGGUCCUGAAAACAUUGACGGCUGCGACAUCAUCUGAUUCUAUCUGGGCUUUAUCUGCUUGUCUGUUCACCGUGAAUGCACUGCUGGCCGACUACAGUUCUUCGAAGCCUGCACCGUCUCGAGGAAGACUCACAUCAGUCAUAUCCAUGAACGCGGCUAUCUCGUCGUCUGUCGUGCUCGCAUCUCGCCUAUCCGAUGACCUCGAUGUCUUCGUUCUUAUUCUGUUUUCCGUCCAGCUAUUCGCUUUAUUCCCUAUCUUGCGUCACCGUUUACAGGUUACCCCCUCUAUCUUGCAAGCUGUUCUGACUUUUGUCUUAUCUGCAUCAUGCAUCAUCUUGACUGCGCCGUUAUCAACAACGGCCACUUGGAUAUACACCGCUGCUCUCAUCAUCGUCACUUUCCUCGCUCCGGGAGUGCUCGUUUGGGCUCAAAAAUAUAAAAACGAGAUUAGGGGUCCUUGGGAUGUAGCGGUUCCCAGGAUGAGUUAG